CACCAGGGAGCUGUCAAGCCAACAGAAGUGCCUCUCUCCUUAUCCGUGCAGCCUGCGUGAUGGCCCAGGCAGACAGCAAGGUGCUGGUUCUGGGAGCGUUGGCUGGAGUGGCCGGCAUCAGUUUGGCUGUGGUUUGUUACCAGGGCUUUAGGUCGAGACGGAGAGGCUCGUGUCCGGGCUUGUACCUCAACCGCACUAAUGAACAGAGGACUGGCGUCAUGUUGGUGGAUAGUCCAGGUCUGCCGAGGGGUCAGGCUGAGGUGCUGGAGCGCCUCGAGGCCCUGAUCCAGUGCGUGUCCGAGCUGAAGGAUGAGAUGAAGUCGUUGAAGAACGCUCUGCCGACGCUGCCGGACCAUAUCAGGGAGGAGCUUAUGGGGCAAAAUGUGGCGCGCCGAGCCAGCCCGCUCCACAGGACCACACCAACGCGAAGGAAAAGGGCUGCGGGGACCCUCGUAGGGGCCAGAGCUGGAGGUCGGAGCUCAGAGGAAGCAGAGAGCGAGGGAGGGUAUAUGACUGCACUGACGGACUCUGAGGAAGAAGAGCUAAGUGAUGCAGAGCAGACGGAUGAAGAACAGCCCGUAGACAAGUUAUCUGUCCUCCUGGAGCGGAUCGACUGUUUGCAUCAGGGCACUGAAUCUGACAAAAGGGAAAGUCUCAACGUCCUUUUGGAGCAGAGAGACGAGUUUGGACAGAACUCAACGUUUCUUUGGCGGCUAAUCCGAGCUUACUGUGAUGUUCAUGAUGUCAGCUCCACUCUGGAGGAGAAGAAGACCUACGCAGAAACUGGGAAGAAAGUUGGUGAGGAGGCAGUGAGCCUGAACCCUACAUGUGCUGAAAGUCAUCAGUGGUACGCAAUCAUGUGUGGAAUUAUGGCCGAAUAUGACACCGUACAGAACAAGAUAAGGAACGGAUACAUCUUUAAGGAUCAUCUGGAUAAAGCCAUCGAGCUGAAGCCGCAAGACCCCAUGUCCUACUACCUGCUUGGGCGCUGGUGCUACGCUGUGGCUCAGUUAUCGUGGAUUGAGAGGAAAGUUGCUGCAACACUAUUCGGAGAUCCUCCGAGUGCCACAGUUGAAGACGCCCUGAAUCAUUUUCUUAAGGUUGAGGAGAUCAAGCCAGGAUAUUCCAAACUCAACUAUGUGUUUCUAGCUAAGUGCUACAAAGUCCUGGGGCAGAGGGAAAAGGCGAGGAAGAUGUGUGAAGCUGCUUGUUCAAUAAAUUCUGUAUCCAAAGAGGAUGAAGAGGCACAAAAGGAGCUGGACGUACUCUGCCCGGCGCUUGGAGUGUGACGACAGCGAUAUCACUUUCUUUUAGAGAUUUAUUUUCCAUGUGCUGUCGGUGAAGUGUGUGUGUGUGUGUGGGGAUAUUAGGUGUAUUGAGAGGCCAUGAUGUUAAUUCACUCUGUGAGUGGAGGGAGGUGUGGUGUGGCAUUAUAUCAUCAAUGGGAGCAACAACCAGAGACAGAACCGUCCUGUGUUGGUUUUCAAUCAGACUUGUAUUCAAACUGUAUUUUUAAUGGUGAAAAACAAACUUUUUUCAUUCCUGGUUGUAUCAAAUCGGUGAGAUGAUGGAUUGUUUUCCCGCUCUAGAGUAAUUAAGUCUGUUCAUCGUGUCUAUGAGGUGGAUUUGUGUUGAUUUUAAUUGUUGCAGAAUUGGUUUAAUCAAGUAAAAAAAAAAAGUUAAAGUAAAUUCAGUGUGAUGUUGUAUAAAAUAUAUAUUCCCAGUUGCUCUGUGUGUAGCAGACAUUACAGUGUGUCUCAUGGAUACUGAGUUUUCUUGACAACAAAGACCUGUCACUUUUUGGGAAAGUGACCCACGGGGACUUGCUGUUCCUUCCUCUUCCGUCCUGGUUUUUUUUUUCUAUUUUGUUGCGUCUCCCACUACACAUUCAAGAGGCAAUAACAAAAGCACAUCAGACAAUGGCGCACCCAAACAAAGAUCUUGGAAUGCCGUGACCACCGGACGACCUCGUGCCCUAUCCUCGCCGCCGUCUGUCAGACCCGCGUUGGUGCUCUCUGGCUACGUUUACAUGCAGACUUGGUGAUGAUCGUGAUUACAUGGAUGAAUUUGUUCUUUUAUGAUGUGUUUUAUGAGAUCUGAUGAACUGUGAUUGUUGACUUUGGCAUCUGUCCAUCGAAAGUCAUUCAUCCUCACUCAGCUCCUGUGACAGUAACGCCACUCCAGUGUAUCUGCAGAUAAACAACAGAAGAUAUAAUACACUCUUGGAGAGCCCUACGUGCAGGUUUCUCCUGCUUUUGAGCAAAAUAACCCCUUUUUUAAACAUUUACACAGAGCUCUGACUGCCUUUUAUUUUAUUGCUCUUAUACUGUUUUUACAUCUGCGUCAUUUAAAGUCUAUUUUACUCAGACGCCUGUUUUAUUAUGAACUCUUCCAAUGUCAGAGAAAGCGAAGAGGCAUCUUUAGCCCAACGCUUGAAGUUAAAAAAAAGGGUUUAAUGUUUAUAUUAGGCUCCGGUUACACUGCACAUAUACAACACCUAAUUAUCCCGCUUAAUGCUUAAUUAAGGUUUUGCUCAGGUUUCAGUUAAUGUAAAAAACACCCUGGUUUAAGUCAUCGCCGUCCACAUUUCUUUUUAUACAUUUAGUGACAAAAGCUCAUCAUCAUCAGUCCUCAUCAGUUCACUGACGGAUAAAUAACAUAUUUAGAUUGAGGGGUUUAUAAACGACCUCACUGGUGUGCAUGUAAAUGGAGUCAUUGAGCAGGUUGGAGGAAGGUUGGAGCGAUGGGAGCGACCUGUUGCCUCGGCGUGAUGUGAUGGUGCAUAUGAUUGCAUUCCAGGUUAAAUAAUACCACUAAAAUGAAAUCAGCUGGUACGGAAGUAACAUUUAAAUGUUUAAUCUCAUUACUGUCUUAUGCAUUCCUAAUUAUUUUACACUUGAUAAUGUUUCUACUCAACCGUGUGAUGUAUUUUAGACCAUAAGGGUUUGGUUGUGUUUACUCUUCUCUCGUCUUUAGAUUUAGGGUCUGAUUGUAUUUAAUUUUAUGUUACACUACAUGAAUUGUGAAUAAGAAUUUAUAUGACUUUACAGAUUUCUCUGUUAGCAGUACGAAUGUAUUUCUUUUUUUUUUUUUUUUAAUGCCAAAGUAAGUUCAAUAUUCCUUACGGUUACGUCAAAUCUGAUACACUACAUAAAGAUUAUACUGUACAGUAUCACAGGCAGUGUGCUCUGAAUGAUUAAUGAUACUGGAGUCUAUAAUUAAAUCUGUGCAAUGCUGA